AUGCCUUCAAUCUUCGGAAGCAUCUCCGAAAUCCUUGCCAGCUUGUCACCGCGUCGCCAGCAACCCGCCGAUCGCCAAUCGCAACACUGGCCCUCAAAUCGCAGCAACCCAAACUCCGCGCGCCGUUCUCCCUCUCCGAAUCCUGCUGCACUCCGGCGCCGUACAAAACCUGCCCGGUCAUCCCUCGGCUCGCAAGCUGAGAGAAAACAGAACACCCCGCACCAUAUCCGCUUCUCGUCCUCCCCAGAUCGAGAUAUCGAUGUUAGUGAGCAGACCAUCCAAAGUUAUGCCAAAAUCGCUUCUCCAACUACCGGACCUGCAACCACCCGUGGACAUUUGCGGUCUCCUUCUCUUCAGUCUUUCAUAGACCAUACCGCUCAAUUGGGCGACGACCCGCAGAUGUCAAAUCAGGACCCUAAGAAGGCAGCCCAAGACGAGGUUCGCUUGUUGGGUGGGAAAAAAUUCAAAGAUGCAAAUCCAUUCAAGAUUACGCCCGGUGAUUCAUUCAAGAGGCAAAAGAAACAGAAACUCCCUGGCGCGAAUUCGGCGUUUCGACCGCAUGAUGGACUCUCCCGUAAUUCACGCCAGAGUGGUCCAGUACGGGCACAGGGGAAAGGAAAGCAAACUGCUCCUAUCAAGAGUUCAAACCCCCUGGGAGAUGCGUUUGAGCCGUCUGAUCGACCAAUCAAGAAGCGACGUCAAAGUGAAGUCAGUGAAGGCUGCGAUGUAGUGAAUGACCACACCUUACCAAGAAAGCACUCCCCCGCCCAAUCGAGCCAAAUCUCCACAAAUUCGAAGAGUUAUGUGCAUCCCCUUCAACAAAGUGAAUUUCGCGAAGUGGAGAAUGCUCUCAGGGUUUCUUAUGGCAGUCCCCGCCGUCAGCGUCGAAGAGAAAACCGUCAGGUCUCUACACAUUCCCCCGACGAAAGAUUUACACAUCACGCUGCUCAACAACGACACUCCAUCGCAGUUGUCAUGGAAUCUCCCAAUUCGAGACCAAGAACAGAACGGCCGGCCCGGGAUAUUCUUGAGACCAUUGAGGAACCAGUUUCAGACGAGAGAAAAAUCACUAUCGAAGACCAAGCCAUCCAGUCUCCUUCAGCGGAAAAGAAUGGACUCAAACGGAAAUCCGAUUCCCGAGAGAGCUCAGAUGAACUCCAGGGCGAAGUCACAACUCAGCCUAUCCCGAAACACAUCAAUCAGCGACAUGCUCAGCCUCGCCUCCCAACCCAAGAACGAAAUGUAACUCCCGACCUAAGUUCACCCACCGACAUCAAGCCCACCGAUUUUGCAUCAAAGAAAAGGGUCAAACGAAAGCACAAGACCUCAGAGGGAUCCCGAUUUGGUAUCAUCCGUCUGCAAUUCAGUAAUUUCGCCACGGAAAAAGGCCUCGACGGCAAAACCACAGCCAUCUAUGUGGAUGACGAGAAUAUCAAAAUCGGGGAAGAUAUUUUCGGCUCAGCUGUCACAAUUCCAUUACGAAAAGUCUUGAAAAUCUUUUACGGAAAGGAUUCUAGUCGAAAAUUGAGGCUGUUUCUGUCUCAAGGUGUCUUGCCAAUUGGUAACUUGGUUGACAUCCAGUUCUCGGAUAGCGAAAUCAAAAAUCAGCUUUCAUGGAUCUUCAAAGAGAAGCUGGUCAAGAUGAUAGAGAAGGGGCGGGACUACAUGACCAGUAUUUUCGACAGACACCGGGAGGAAAUAGCCAGGUGCCCCCAACAGGCCAAGAGACCUCUACUGGAUGUUGAUCCGACUCCGCCAGCUCCUGCGGAUUCUUCUGCUCGUCAGAAGCUUUCGUCCACACUGCAGGGUCCAGCAGAUGGGCCCAGCAGCAAGCGAGUGAAGCGAGACUUCUCUUCCAUUUCCCAAACCGGAAAUGGUGCUGUGGAAAGUCGAACGUCAGCUGGUGACGGGAAACCACAAUCGGACACCGGCGUCGAGAUUCCUGUUAAAAAAUUCCAAGUGAUCCAACCCCCGCUGGAGCGAGAGACGAGAUCAACACGGCGGAUAACGCAAAACACCAAUUGUGGUACUGACGAGGUCUCCAAGUUCUUCAGCCCUAAGGCGAAAGACGAAAAUCGACAGAAGUGGAAGAAACCAAUGGUCUAUCCCCGAACUGGGAAGAAGCGUGCCGAGGUCAGCGUUGAUGACCGAGACCGCCUGUGCGGGGAGGAGUUCCUAAACGAUAAUCUGAUCGGUUUCUAUCUGCGCUUCUUGGAAGAUCAUCUUCAACGCACAAACAAAAAUGUCGCGAAACGGGUAUACUUCUUCAAUUCCUAUUUCUUCGCAACCCUUACAAAUACCCCCAAGGGCGAACGUGGCAUCAACUACAGUGGCGUCGAGAAGUGGACUCGCAACAUCGAUCUCUUCAGCUAUGACUACAUCGUCGUCCCAAUCAACCAGAAUGCUCAUUGGUACGUUGCGAUCAUUUGCAAUCUGCCAAGCUUGGAUAUUGCAUCUGCUGGCCCUGUAGAUCAAUCCUCUGCUCCUGUGAGCGACAAAGAAGUCUCAGCUCAGCCAGAAAGCGUGCAUGAAAUUUUAGAGUCCCCAGAGCCCGAGCAGGUCUCAGCCGCAACGACUACUGCCGAAAAGGACACCGAGGAGAAGCAGAAAGAAUCUUCAGAAUCGCCAAUGUCACAUGAAGCACGCAAGUAUCUUGCUUCUAUGAAAAUCGUGGAAGAAGAAAACAAGGCAGCCACUGAAAAGGCCGAGACCCCAUCACCAGGGUCCAACGAAAAGAGACAAGAAGACAAUGGUUCGGCUGAUGACUGGCCCGAGGGAGAAGAGAACCAAACCUCGUCCCCUCUGAAGUUCUCCGGUUUGCAUUGGGACGGACUGGUUUCCGCUGGUCCUGAGGCAAACCAGUCCAGUCCUAAUACCAAGAAAAAAGGACGAACUGGCCCGAAACUGCACCCUGCUCAACCAACCAUCAUCACCUUUGAUUCCCUUGACCUUGCCCGCUCCCCACAAAUCAAGCUCCUACGUGAAUAUAUCUGCCAGGAAGCUGCAUCGAAACGUGGCGUUGAAGUCGACGAAAAGGACAUUAAGGGUAUGCGCGCUCGUCAGAUCCCACUUCAACCUAACUACUCUGACUGCGGGCUGUAUUUACUUGCCUACAUCGAGAAGUUCGUGCAGAACCCCGACACCUUCAUUACGAAGAUGCUGCAGCGUGAUAUGGAUGGACCUGAAGACUGGCCUCAGCUCAGAUCUGGUCUUCUUCGGACACGUCUUCGCGAUUUCCUGGAUGACUUGUAUGAAGAACAGAAGCAACAGGAGGGCCAGUCGAUUUUGGCUGAUCAGAAAUACAUUUCGUUCUUGCUGGGGUCUCCGCUUCCGGGUCAGGAUUAUCAGAAGGAGAAAGUCAAAGAGGGACAGCCAACGAACCCUUCAAAGGAUGAAAGCCCCAAGAAAGUCUCGGAGAAUUCAGCGAAAGAGGCCAAUGGAUCGAAGGAGGACUCUGCAGCAGACGAGCCUCGAUUGGUCCCUAUCUCUCCUGUCCGUUCGAAGGCCUCCGAGCAGACUGAGCAAACCGCGAAUACGGAGGCAGUCAAAAGUUCUGCUAAGCCUUCAAUCAAAAGUCCUGCUAAACCUUUAACCUCUUCGGAGGAUACUGGCCGUGAAGUGCUUGAAGUGCCUGAUAGUCAGGAACCAAAGAACAGCCGUGAUGGGAAGAAAAAGUCUAAGAAGAAGGAAAAAAGAAAGUCAACAGCUUUUCCUGAUCCUGAUGCCUUUGACACAGGUGAGUCUAAGCCAGAGCAAGCCGGGUCCAGUGUCAAAAUCGUUAGGGAAACCCCCCCACUUGACGAGCCGGAACGACCCAAAAGAAGCCCUCGAGACAAAAGGAAGAGCUGA